AUGGGAGCUUGCACAUCGACCAAGCAAAAAAGAUAUGAGAUUGUUAGAACAUUAAUGCCAUAUAAGUAUGCAUUAUGAGAAUUUAUUUAGAGUUCACAUAAUGGCAAUAAUAUGGCCAAAGAAUUAACACAACUUAUUUGAUUUCGAGUCCAGUUCUUAUUCUGUGAAGGAGAUAGAAAUUGAUUUUUCAGGUAAUUUGAUUUGGAAUAUAUUAUUUUAGCUCAAUUAGCAACAGUAGAUAAAGAACUUGUGGCUUUAACAAAAAGUGAAUGGGCUCGUAACUCGAUUGAAAUAGCAAAUAUUACAUUAAAUGAAUAAUAAGCUUUUAUUAAUAGUAUAUCGUAAUAACAGGAUCACAAAUUGUGGGCUGUAUUGAAAUCAGAGAUUAAUUAGUUUUAAUCAAUAGAUGUAAGAGUUUUAAUAUAUAUAAAAAGCAUUGGGAUUUAAAAAUUGGAGAUAUAAUAAAGUUAGGAAGAGUAAGAAUGCAUUUAUUGGAAUAUGCAUUUAUGACUCCAUGUGAUGAGGCAACUUAAUAUUAAGAUGAAUAAGAAGAUGAUAUUUAAACAAUUAAUGAUGUUGCAAGUUGUAGAAUAUGUUUUUCAAGUAAGGCAAGUGAAAUAAACCCAUUGAUAAGUCCAUGUAAAUGUGAGGGAUCUGUAAAAUAUAUACAUUUAGAAUGUUUAUAAAAAUGGAUAGGAAUAUAAUUGAAAAUUAAAUAAGGCGAUCAUUUUAUUUAAUAUCUUUGUAAAAGAUUGGAUUGUGAAAUUUGUAAGUUUACAUUUAGAAAUACUUAUACAUUUUAAGAUAAGAGUUAUUCAGUUCUGAAAUUACCAAAGCCAAAGUCCUCAUAUAUAACAUUUAAAGUCACAAAUGAUGAUAAAUCUAAAGAAGCUAUGAUAUAUGUUGUUGAAAUAGGUGAAAAAACGGAAUUGAAAAUUGUAAUAAAUUGAUUUCUAAUAAAUAUAGGGUAGAAUUCCAGAUUGUGAUAUAAAAUUAAGAGAUAUCUCCGUUUCUCGAUCUCAUGCUAUGUUAAAAUUAAUACCAACUAGUAAACACACAGUUGAGAAUCCAGAUUAUACAAUAAGAGUUUAGGAUUGUAAAAGCAAAUUUGGUACUUUGGUAUUGGCACAAGAUGAAGAUUUACUUAUUAUACCAGAAGAUGGGAAGUCUCCAAUCUUAUUUUAAACUGGGAGAGUUCUUUUAUAAUGUGUUCAAAAAAAAAAAGUAAAUUAAAAACCUGCAUAUAAACAUCCUGAUAAUGUAGUAUUAAUAUAAAUUGAAACAAAACCUUAAUUAGAUCAAUAAGAGCAAAUGCAUGAUUCAUUUGUAACUCAUGAUGAACUCACUGCUGGUGAUAUUAUCAUUAGUAAUCCUUAAAAUCAGAAUCAACCUUAACCAAUUAAUGAUGUUAAGGAAGAUAGUAUCUGCGAUGAAAGAUGA